GAAAUCCAUUUAUUUUUAAAUUCAAAACCGGCCGUCAGAGACGUUACCAGCCAGUGUGUGUAAGAGGCCCGCGAAUUGUUUUAAAAAAUAUAACAAAAGCAAUUUUAUCUUCAUACACAUAAAGCUGAAAUCCCGGAAAGUAAUUAACAAUCUUCGAAACAUAAGUCCAAACAAAUCGGUAUAAUCAUCGGAUCAACAUUGUAAUUGUUGUUCCUUUAAUUUACAAAACAGGUUUUGCUUUAAUUCGAUCAAUCAGCGCUUUAAAGGAGAAAUUCCAGUCACGACUUUCGACUAAAAUGUUGGCGUAAAAACACAGAAACACGUUUUUAUUUAGUUUAAGAAAAUGUGUUAGCAAAGGAAUUUACUCCCUUUAAUACUUCACUGACACCAAAGAGUGUAUAAAUAGAACAUAAGUAUUUUUUACUUUCUAAAUAAACACCUUACCUAUCUAAUAUUUAUUUGGUAACUUAAUUAUGUCAUAAGUAGUUUAAACUAAAACUUUCUGCCUUGUUUAUUAUCAACACUUUCUGUUUAAUUUAUUUAAAUAAUAGACACAAUUUACUUGCUUCUUAUAUUGUUAGAAGUAAACUCUGAGAAAACAUGUUAUUGUCAUUUCCACAGCAAGCAACAAGCGUUCAUAUACCGUUGAGAACUUUAACACUGAAUUUCUAACACAGUUUUGGAAACAAUUAAAUAACAGACUUAUUAUUUUAGGAAAAAAAAUAGGUUUUAAAAUAUAGUUCAGCGUCAAACGUCCUAUAUUUUGUAAAUAUCACUUCAUACACAAUUCUUCCAAAGCAUUCACACAGUACAAAAUAUAUGUAGGUAAAUAAUGUCGGUGUCGUUUAAAAGACUGGACCGGUCCUGCUAAAAUUUUCGCGCAUCUCAGACGGUAGUGAGCACGACUCCGUGUCUUGUGAUUCCCAGUAUUAUUACCGAGACCGCGAGUACCUCGGCUCGCUGCUGUAGAAAGCUGAUCUGCGCCUAUAAAUCCACCUCACGCCACUCGCUACUACCAUUGUCUCGCUGAUCGUCCUCUCUACUUCAAGUGUCAUUUCAUCUCCUCCAUUCACAUUGUUUAUACAAAUUAUCUUAAACUUUAAACACAAGUUCAAACAAACCUUUGAAAUUAACCCUUAAAAAAGUUUAAUUUUUAUGAAUUAGAAAAGUGCCAGUGGUGUAUAAAUAUGGACGCGCAACAAUUUCGGGAAUUUGGCAGAGCGGCCAUCGACCUCAUGGCCGAUUAUGUCGAAAAUAUCAGAGACCACGAUGUCCUACCAUCAGUGGAGCCUGGUUACCUAAUAAAUGCGUUACCUCAAGAUGCUCCCGAACAACCAGAGCCCUGGCAAGAUAUCCUGAAAGACUUCAACCAAACUAUUAUGCCUGGCAUUACGCACUGGCAGUCUCCGCAGUUCCACGCUUUUUACCCGACCGGCUCAUCUUAUGCAAGCAUCGUAGGAAACAUACUAUCUGAUGGCCUGUCUGUCAUCGGACUGAGUUGGUUGUCAAGUCCAGCGUGUACUGAACUCGAAGUUCUAACUCUGAAUUGGCUGGGAAAACUGCUUGGACUACCCGAAGAAUUCCUGCACUGUUCCAGUGGGCCUGGUGGGGGUAUCAUUCAGGGCUCCGCAAGUGAAGCGACACUAGUGGCACUCCUAGCAGCUAAAGAUAAAACUGUACGUAGGAUCACCAAAAGUGAUCCAACACAGGAUGAAGACUACAUCAAACCAAAAUUAGUAGCUUAUACAUCCGACCAAUGUAACUCUUCAGUGGAGAAAGGCGGCUUAUUGGCCUCUAUGAAAAUGCGCCUACUAAAGACGGACAACGAAGGCAGACUCCGCGGAGAAACACUUAAACAUGCAUUUGAAGAAGACAGAGCUCAAGGUCUAAUCCCUUGUUGUGUCAUCGCAAACCUUGGUACCACCGGAACCUGCGCGUUUGACCCAUUAUACGAACUAGGACCCGUGUGCAAUGAAGCAGACGUGUGGCUCCACGUGGAUGCCGCCUACGCAGGAGCAGCAUUCUUGUGUCCCGAGUACAGGCACUUGAUGAGGGGCAUCGAAUUGUCCGAUUCCAUUGACGUAAACGCGCACAAAUGGAUGCCUGUUACUUUUGAUUGUUCUGCAAUGUGGCUCAAAAAUGGAUAUGACCUUGUAAGGGCGUUUAACGUUCAGAGAAUUUAUUUGGACGAUAUCAAGACAGAAAACAAGAUUCCUGACUAUAGACACUGGCAGAUACCCCUUGGUCGUAGAUUCAGAGCCCUAAAGUUAUGGACCGCCAUGAGGAUUUAUGGUGCGGAAGGUCUUAGGAAACACGUAAGGGAUCAAAUAACGCUGGCUCAAUAUUUUGCUAAAUUGGUCCGCACUGACGACAGGUUUUUGGUUGAACCAGAGCAAUCUAUGGGAUUAGUAUGCUUUAGAUUAAAGGAAGGAGAUAUUAUGACGAAAAAAUUACUAGAGAAUAUAACCGAAAAGAAAAAGCUUUAUAUGGUAGCUGGUAGCUACAAUGGCAGGUACAUGAUUAGAUUUGUAAUCUGUUCACGUUUAACGAAGAAGGAAGAUGUGGACUUUGCUUGGAAUUAUAUCAGAGAUGAAGCAAAUUUGCUUUGCUCAGACAAAGUACACACGAAAGCACAAAUACCAGCCAUCGAUCAAAUAGUGGCGAGAGAGAUAUGUGAGAAGUCAAAAUAGAACAAAGAUUUUACCUGUAGUGAAGGGAGACCUAUAGUGGGGGAUAUUGUAUACGAAAUACUUGGUUGAGUUGAUUGUUAAUGUACUUAUUUGGUGUAUAGUAUUCGGAGGGAAACGUUUAGUUUAAUGUGAUAUAGGGGAUUGACGUUGAAUCAAGUCGUAGUUUUAGGAAUUAGUUACGUUUGUACUUAGGAUAGAAUAAGGUUAACUAUUAAUGAAACGCUUGUGAUCUGACCUUUGAAAUGGCAUUCAAGAUCUAUUAGACUUAGAAAAAUAAAAAACUGUGUGACAA